CAGCAGAAUAAAUAGAAGCCCGUUGCUAGUGUAACGAAAACAAUGCGAGAUUUAUGUUGUUGAGUACAUUUCAUGAACUGAAACUGUGUAUGGAAAUCAGUAAAUAUUUUCAUUUAGAAAAAAUCGAGUUGAAAGAAGCCGCUUAAAAGCAUCGUGAAGAAAAAUGGCAAAAUUCCACUGCCUUGUUUAUAUAUUGAUGAUGGUUCUCAUAGGAUAUGUAACUGGAGAAGAUGGACCUAUUGUAACUAUUCCACAAGGAUCUGUGCAGGGUGCAUUUCGGACAUCUUACGGAGGAAGAGAAUAUACAGCAUUUGAGGGUAUUCCUUACGGCAAACCACCUAUAGAUGACCUUAGAUUUGCUGAACCACAACCUGCAGAAAAAUGGCAUGGUGUCCUCAUAGCUAACCAUACGUACAGGUGUAUGUGUUUUGUAGCGAUUCCUUUUAUGUAUGGCAUAAAAGGUACUGAAGACUGCCUUUAUAUGUACGUGUACGUUCCCUUGAAGGAAAUACAUGGAAACGAAAGUUUAGAUGUAAUAGUUCAUAUCCAUGGAGGAGCUUUUAUGAUAGGUUCCCCUUUAGACAUGGCUGGACCAGUUUACAUCAUGGAUAAAGAUGUGGUUUUCGUAUCAUUCAACUACCGGCUAGCAAUUCUAGGCUUCCUUAGCACCGAAGAUGACAUCGUACCCGGAAACAAUGGAUUGAAAGAUCAGGUACUAGCCUUGCAGUGGAUCAGAGAUAACAUCGAGUACUUCGGUGGAAAUCCAGAAUCCGUAACGAUUACAGGACUUUCUGCGGGAGGGGCAAGUGUUCAUCUCCAUUAUAUGUCUCCGCUAUCAAAAGCAAUUUGGGUGACGUCGAACGUCAGGGAUGAAGGGAUUUACCCAACAGCGUUUUUCGUGGCGACGGACAAGUUAGCCGAGAUGGAUUCAAGAUGGAACGAAUUAAUGCCUUUCAUGUUGGAUAUCCAAGACACAGUUGAUGAGGAACUCAAAAAAGACGUAGUCACGAAAGUACGAAAACAUUACUUGGACGAUGAACCAGUUUCAGAAGAUAACGAGUACGCUUUAGUCCGGAUGUUCAGUGACCGGCAUUUCUUCAUAGAUGGAGAGAAAGCGGCCAGACUUCACGCAAACGUGUCCAACUCUUCGGUUUAUUAUUAUUUCUUCACCUACGUUUUGCAACAACCAUUCAUAGUUCCAGGAUUCAGGAAAGGAGUGAGCCAUUGUGAUGACGGAAGACUACUCUUCAAAAUGUUCGGUACCCCAAAGAGACUUGAAGCUGAUGACGAAAAAAUGGUGCAAUUAUUCACCGAAUUCAUAACCAGCUACGCGAAGACAAAUAAUCAAGUUCGAUCCUCCAUUACGAAAUGGGACAGUUUCUCAACAAAAUGGCCUUCUCUCUGGUUGUGUAGUGCCAGUGCGACAGUGUCCGAGUCGAUGGAUUGGAAAGAGGGGUUUCACAGGUUUAAAAUUCUUGACAUUAAACCUCGUUUUGGUGAUAUUGAAUGGCUUCCAAUCGAUCCGACUAGCAAAUUGAUGAAUGUUCUCAGAAUAAAUAGACCAGAUGAUAUUUCAAUGGAAGAAUUCGAGAAAAUAGGAGCUAAAGACCUAUGGGAUAGUUUCCUAAUCAAGGAGAAUGAUAAAAUAACAAACUUGUUGUAGUCAUAGUAAUUGAGAACAUAUAAGUAUUGAAUACGA